CGCUUUUCUAUGCUGCAUUUAUUAGUUUAUACAAAUUUAAACUCUCUCAUGAAACGUAGAUUAUUUAGUGAAGGAGAGGAGGAAUUAAUUAACCUUGACUUACAUUGAUUGAAAAAAAAUUCAAAAAAAUGAAUUCCGGAACAUUUAAUGUUUGUGAAAUGUUAAUGAUAAUUCAAGUCAUUGAUUUGUGGGAAUGAUGAUAUGAUCAUAUUGUAUGGAGAGGAAAUUGCACAUGCAAUUGGUUCUCCGAGAGCAAGUCGGCAAAAUCACAUGGACUGACUUGGACCAGCCAGUAGCCACAUACAACUGGUUUUCUUCUUCUUAAUUUUGAUCUCUUUAUAUAACUAGAUUAAAAAAUAUUUUGGAUAAUUAUUUGAGCAACACAUUCUACGUUCCUAAUCCCUUUGUCGCCAAUCUCCUCCUUGCUCCCUUCCAACUUUCCCCUUUGUCGACAUGGUUUGGCUGCUACACGUUCGCAAAUUGACGACAAGUUCACUGCUCAGAAAUGCGGUUCCAGUCGCUGUUGUCAAUCCCAGGCGAAAACAGUUGUGGGCUGACACAAUUUAUAAAACUAACCCCAUCGAUCCUGCAGAACCGACUUUUAAAAAAAUUCUAAUUGCUAACCGUGGAGAAAUUGCAGUCCGUGUUAUCCGAUCAGCAAGAAAAAUGGGUAUCAAAACCGUAGCCGUGUAUUCCACUGCAGAUUCAGGAGCUAUGCAUGUAGAAAUGGCUGAUGAAGCAGUUUGGAUCGGAGAAUCGGCUGCUUCUCAAUCUUAUCUUGUCAUGGAUAAAAUUCUGGAUGCGGUUAAGCAAACCGGAGCGGAAGCUGUACAUCCUGGAUAUGGAUUUUUGUCUGAAAACGCCAACUUUGUUAAGAAAUUGGAAGAUAUGAAGGUAAAGUUUAUGGGACCUCCAGCAGUUGCAAUUCAUGGAAUGGGGGACAAAUUAGAAUCGAAGCGAUUAGCAAUCAAGGCUGGCGUUAACACGGUGCCUGGAUUUGAUGGUGAAAUUAGGGAUGAGGAUCAUUGCCUCGAAAUAUCGAAAUCUAUCGGAUAUCCAGUCAUGAUUAAAGCAUCCGCUGGAGGUGGGGGAAAGGGCAUGAGAAUAGCUCAUAACGACAAAGAAGCUGUUGAAGGAUUUCGACUUUCGAAGAAUGAAGCGAAAGCCUCCUUUGGAGAUGAUAGAAUUCUCAUCGAGAAAUUCGUAGUCAAACCUAGGCAUAUCGAAAUCCAAAUUUUAUGUGAUAGUCACGGGAAUGGGGUUUACCUCAAUGAAAGGGAGUGCAGCAUUCAAAGGAGAAAUCAGAAGGUCAUCGAGGAGGCUCCUAGUCCGUUUGUCGACCCUGAACUGCGAAAGGCAAUGGGAAAUCAAGCAUUAGAUCUCGCUAAAGCAAUAGGGUACACAUCUGCAGGGACCGUCGAAUUUUUGGUGGAUAACAAGAAGAAUUUCUAUUUUCUAGAAAUGAAUACGAGACUGCAGGUAGAACAUCCAAUUAGUGAAUGCAUAACAGGAGUUGAUUUGGUAGCUGAAAUGAUUCGUGUAGCCUAUGGACAUAAAUUAAAAUUCAGCCAGGCUGAUAUUCCAAUUAACGGAUGGGCUUUGGAACUAAGAGUUUAUGCUGAGGAUCCCACACGAAACUUUGGGACACCAUCAACUGGAAGGCUAUUCAAAUAUGUUGAACCCCGUGGGGAAGGUAUCCGAUGUGACUCGGGAGUGCGGGAGGGUUCAGAGAUUUCAGUUUAUUACGACCCCAUGAUAUGUAAACUUGUAAGCUACGGUGCUACCCGAAAUGAAGCUAUUGCCAGAGGCAAAUAUGCGUUGGACUCGUAUGUAAUUCAAGGGGUUUCUCAUAAUAUUUCUCUUCUGAGAGAUAUACUUACCGAGAAAUCCUACGUUGCUGGAGACACAGAUACGGAUUACUUGCCACGCGUAUACCCUAAAGGGUUCACCAUUCCGAAGCUAAGCGAGUCUCAUAUGGACAAUCUCAAGGCUGUCGCUGCGGCAUUAGAAGCAAGUCGUUACCUGCGAUUGAAAGUUAAGGAGUCUUCUUGGGAUUUUGUGGUUUCAGAUCAAGAAAAUGCAACGGCUGUAAAUAUUUCUAAAUUAGAGAAUGGAUUUUUGAUUAAUGUUGAGGGACGUGAAAUUACACUGCCAACGUGGGACAUGGGAAAAUCCACUGUCAACUUAGAUAUUGAUGGGGAGACGUUUAUAUUGCAAAUUCAUGGUCGUGGUCGUAAUGGACCAAUUUGGACAAUUGGGUUUCAAGGAUCUUCCUAUGACUUUAAGCUUCUCUCUCCAUACGCACAAACUCUUUUAGAUAUCAUGCCUCAGCCAAAAUUGGGCGAUACAGCUAAAGAACUCUUGAGCCCCAUGCCAGGUGUUGUCCGAUCAGUCGUUGUAAAAGUCGGUGAUAAAGUGUUCAAAGGGCAAGAAGUCUGUACAAUUGAGGCUAUGAAAAUGCAAAAUAAACUUGUUGCUGGUGCUGAUGGAAUAAUUGGAGAAGUUAACAUCAAAGAAGGUGACUCAGUUGCAGACGAAGACGUUUUAAUUACUCUAAAAUAAUUAUGUUCAGAUUAAAUGUUUCCAGACAAAAGUUUAUUUUUAAAAGGCCAUAUUCUUAUCAUAGAUAGAAAUUUCAGAUCUAUUUUAGUACAACGUAACACAUAAAUACGGUUUAAAGUUUGAACUAAUAGAAAACUAUGUAUAUCUCACAUGAAUAAAUGUUGUAAUAGAUAUGUCACAUAUCAUAUGUGCAACAAGCGUACA